CUUUUUUUCAAGUUUAGCUGCUUUACAGCUCUUUAACAGACCAUUCUCUGUAUACCGGUAGACCUCAAGCGAGCAUAUACUUUUCCACCUCCUUGCAUCUUACAGCUUUACCAAAAGUAUAAACGCGGUCAACAUGCCAACAGUGAAUUUAUUGUCGUUUUUUUCUACUGUUGCAACUGCUACUCGCCGUUCCUCGUCUGAGCAGCAGCCGCUUCUUUCCCAGCAUCAGCAACGACAAAAGUUUUUUGCAAAAGCAGUAAAAACAUCGAUACAUCAACACCGCCAUCCUAUUUUUGACAUGACGAUCUGGACAGUAGCUGCAGCGCUUUUAUCUUGCCUUGGAGGCUUUCUAUUCGGUAAAUUUAAAAGCGUUCUUCAUAUAUGAUUAUGCAAGCUCACCGUGUUGUUAAUGAGCAUAAAAAAUUGGUUGUGCUUAUCAAUCGUCUUUUUU